UUCACAGAAAGCUUUCCCUAUCCCUUAAGCUUAAUAAUUGGGAAGGAAAAGUUGAAAAGAAGCUAGAAAUUAAGUUACCUUAAUUAAAUUGAGGGUUACAAUAAUAAAAAUGUUAUCAGACAAAUUUAAUUAAUUAUUAUGUAAAUAAUUUUGAAGUUUUUCCAUAAUAUUGUCAUGCCUUUAAGAAAAGUUGGAGACGUGAGAGUAAUUGGAAAAUCCCAAAUAAAAAAAAAUUUUAAAAAAAAAGUGUGACAAGAGUGCGGUUUGCUUUUCGGUUGAUCGCCAUUUUUUCUUCCUUUCGCUUUCUCGUGUAUCAAACAUCUUCUGCUGAAACCAGCCCUUGUUAACUGGAAUACUGCAUUAGCCAAACAAAACAGUUGAAGAAUUCUUAGGCUUUUCCGAUGGUUCCUACCAAGAAAUCGAAGAAAACGAAGAAAUCAUCAAAGAAAUUGAAGAAAAACAAAAGCGUUAGCAUGGUUCCUGUAGAACCCAGAGUUACGGAGCCUGAUUGGUGGGUUAGUUUCUGGCACAAGAACUCUACAACUCCAGGUCUCUCAAUACCGUCAAAUGAGGAAGAAGGGUUCAAGUAUUUCUUCAGGGUUGCGAGGAAGACAUUUGAUUACAUUUGUUCCCUUGUGAGAGAAGACCUUGUGUCGAGGCCACCAUCAGGGCUUAUCAACAUUGAGGGAAGGCUUCUCAGUGUUGAGAAACAAGUUGCAAUUGCCCUAAGAAGGUUAGCAUCCUGCGAGUCUCAGGUGUCAGUUGGAGUUUCCUUUGGGGUUGGCCAAUCUACUGUAUCUCAAGUGACUUGGAGAUUUAUUGAAGCAUUGGAAGAACGUGCCAAGCACCAUCUUAAGUGGCCUGAUUCCAAUAGAAUGGAAGAUAUUAAAUUGAAAUUUGAAGCUUCAUUUGGGUUGCCUAAUUGUUGUGGAGCUGUAGAUGCAACACAUAUUAUCAUGACUCUUCCAGCAGUUCAGACUUCGGAUGAUUGGUGUGACCAAGAGAGCAAUUACAGUAUGUUCUUGCAGGGAAUUGUAGACCAUGAGAUGCGAUUUCUUGAUAUUGUAACAGGUUGGCCUGGUGGCAUGAGUGUGUCUAGAUUACUCAAAUGUUCAGGAUUUUUCAGGCUCUGUGAGGCUAGGGAUCGAUUGAAUGGAAGAAUAAGGACUUUGUCAGAAGGAUUAGAAAUGAGAGAAUUCAUAGUUGGUGGUGCUGCAUAUCCUCUUCUUCCCUGGCUCAUAACUCCAUAUGAAAUUAAUGGCCUCUCCUCUUUCAUGUCUAUCAAUUUUAAUGCCAGUCAUGAAGUUGCAAGGUUGCUUGCAGUGAGGGCAUUUUUGCAGUUAAAGGGCAGUUGGAGAAUCCUUAACAAAGUCAUGUGGAGACCUGAUAAGCGAAAAUUGCCUAGUAUCAUUUUGGUGUGUUGUUUGCUUCAUAAUAUUAUCAUUGACAGUGGAGAUCAGUUGCAUCCUGAUGUUGCCUUAUCUGGUCACCAUGACUUGGGUUAUGGAGAGCAAUGCUGUAAGCAGGUUGAUCUAACAGGCAAAACCAUGCGGGAAAACCUAGCCAAAUACUUGUCGCAGAGUAAGAGAAAGCUCCAGCAAAGUAAUUCGAAAGAUAUUUAAGCGUCAAUUGUGUUAUGAAAAGGUUCGAUGGGGGUGGACCCCUAAAGAAACUAUGAUUUUUUAAUUGCAAAAAAAUGCGUUAGGCAUCCUUCACAUACAGAUCACGAUUGUUUUUUGUAAACAUCAUAGCAGGUUCAGGUCAUGCUGUUGGUUGUUGUAUGACUGGAAAGUCCAUGCCUAGCUUUGAAAGAUAAGCGUUUAAAGAAUUGUAUCAUAAUUUUUUUUUUUCUCCUUACUGAUAUGGUUCCGGCUGCAAUGCUCAGCUGCAAAGAUGAAUUUGCAUUAUUGACAUAAAUCACAAUGGCUAAUUGACAUAAAACAAAAUCCUGUAUGGAAAGUAAUUGUUUCUCAAACAGGAAAGGGCAAAGUUAAGGGAAAGAUAUCGUCUGAUCUUUAUACAUCAUGGUAUUUGUUGCCCUUAAGUAUGCAUUACAUGUGCCAUCAAGAUUGCAUCUAGUCUGGACUGUUUAAAAAAGAAAAAAGACACUAACAAACUACAGGAAUGGAAGAUGUGAAGAUUUCAAAUGGAACGAGAGGCUCUUCAUUGAGUCUGGAGAUUCAAUUGCGGGCGUUCUAUAAUUGUCCUGUGUCGUCCUCCAAAACCCAUCUGACCUAAAUGCACUAUUUUGACCAUAGCAAUUGUAGCAACUUGGCCACAAUUCUGAGCAUGGCAUUUCCUUCCAAAAUUUCCCUGCAAUGGAGCUCAGUCCACUCCAGAGUGAAAAAAACUUAAAACGGCUCGCAAUGCAACAUGCAAAAGAUUAACGCAUUGAAAAACAACAUUAAUUGACCUCUAAAAAAUAAUUUCCAUUGAAAUCCAGAUUUGUGCUGAGGUAAACGUAUAAAGAAGGGAACUUU